AUGAGUAUAACCAAAUUAAACAAUUUUUUGUUUCUCAUUAUUUUAACAAAAAUUUUUUGGACAACACCACUCUUAGUUGAAUCUGUUAAUUGGUGUAAGGCUUUUGGUGGAGAUAUUGUUGGAAGUUCUUGUUCAACUUUUGGAUUUGGUGAAUGCCCUGAAGGUUCGUCUUGUUUGCUUGGGAAAUGCUGUAAAAGGAAGGGAGCAGAGGAAGUUACGGAAGCUACCACAAUUUCAAUAAUUGACUCAAUUCCUUUAACCACAGAACCUACCACAGAAUCUACAAGCACAAGUACAACAACCUCUACUACUACUACAACUACAUCCACAACAACCCCAACGACCCCAACAACCACAACAAUAACAACGACUAUCCCAACAACCACUACCCCUAGUACAACAACCACUACGACAACUACAACCACUACAACCCCUUCCACAACCACCACAACACCUUCAACAACAACAACAACUCCACCAACAACUCCCCCAAUGUUGUAUAUUAAUGGAGUUCCUUUAAAACCUUGCAUUGACGAUAUUGAGAAAUUUAAAGGAAUAUGUGCAAUUGCGGCAAAUUUAGGGCAUUGUUUGUCAAGUAAUGUACUAGUAAAAAGAAAAAUGGCUAUUAGUUGCUGUGGAACUUGUCUUAAAUUAAAUGAAAAUUUUCUACCUAAACAACAGACAAUAAAAUAA